AUGUUAGGAUGGCGACACUUUUAUCUUCUCCUCACUUUUUUGUUACAGUACUCUGCGGUAUGUUAGCCUAAUGUUGAGCUUGAGUCUUGGAGGUCUUUAUGGGCACAACUCAUAAAAAUAAGCGCCUUUUAGUCAGCCAAGACCAAACCUCGGAGUCGCCGCGGUCCCGCAGUUUGGGGAGCUCCAGUGCCCGAUUACUCGGAGGUCUAUCUGGAUGGCCAAGUCUUUCAUAUUUAUGGAAUUCUCUUUGCCGAUGGCCGUAUUGUAGGUUUUAUUGUUGCAAAAAAAAUUGCAACAAUAAAAAAAAAAAUAUCACGAUAAUUUUUAGUCGGAACAUUAUCAAAAUGAUACCGGACGGGUUCAAUACGAGAUUAUGCACAUGGUCAGAGAGGCCAAUAAAGUAAGCAAAAAAAACAAGGGAUUAUUCCUUCAGUACUUUGCCCAAUUGGACAUUCGUCUUGUGAUAGUAGACAUCUUGCCAACCUACCGUAACGAUCUUUCCUUGUAUUCUUUCGAAGAGUAUCGCCAAUCUCGCCUCCAAUCCCUUCCUUAUCACGAUUUUGCUGGAUUGGUUUCCUACCGAUAUGCUGGUGGACUUGCCUUUGUAAAUGGGAUGUGUUCCACAAAGAGUGUGAUGUUGUCCGGCGUAAGAACGAUUAUUUUCUGUAACUUAACCUCCUUCCUUUAUUUUCAGUUUUAUCCGCAUAGUCCAGAAGCAAUGGGUUCCAUAUUUUUCCACGAGGUUUCUCAUCUCCUGGGUGUUUCUCAUGCAGAUUCUGGCCAGCCGAUCAACGUUCCAAACUGUGGCUGCCCCCAGGGCAGCUUCCAUGCUCACUCUUCUACCACAAACGCAGAAUCCGUCGCUCACUCUUUCGUCCCGGAAAAGGGACCAGGCUGUUUGAGAAUUCCGUAAGAAUUAAUUUGAUUUUCUUUAUCCCUUACUUGAUCUUCAGAGGAUUUGAUCACAAUUGCACAGCUCAAUUACUCUCCAAUAUAUUGUAUAGAAACCGGUGUCUUUCCCGAUAUCCUCGAUCGUAUGCACAAAACAAAGCCGAAGGAUAUCCGGCCCAGAGUAAAUCGGAUCCGGCAGUGUUCAAAGUCUGUGGAAAUGGGGUAGUUGAGUCUAGUGAGGAAUGUGAUUGCGGUCUCCCAUCAAAGUGCUCAGAACUCAAUUGUAAUCCCGUUUCGUGCACAAGGAUUAUUCCAUUGUGGAAAAUUGUGAGUUUAUCCCAUUCCAUUGUGGAAGACUAUGGCUUUAAUUCUUCACGGAAUUCAUCCAUCCUCGUUGCACCACCUGUUCAAAAUUGAUGACCUCGUCGUUUCAAUUGGUCGCGCGCAAAUUUGUUUUCAAAAAAAUGGCUACCUUUCAUUUGGGGCAGAUCGAUUAUUGGCCCAAUAUGUAGAGCCAAGGUUGCAAAAUUCUCUGACAACAGCCGAUGAUUUGAAAUCACAACUAUUUUUUUUUAACGGCUGGCCGAAAACCUGGGUCGGCUAACCAAGGUGUCACAACGGCUGUCAAAGGUGUUUUCUACCAUUACUAUUGUCUGUGAAGGCAUUCUAUAAUAUCGAAGCAAACUUUUUGGCAGCCAAUCCAUUUUUUUGCUCUAAAAAAUUUGGUGUUACACAUACUUUUUCGCACCUACUCCAACCUUUUCCCCAUCCCGAAAACCCCAAGGAGUUUGGCCGCCCUGAGUCGGGCCCACUAGUCGGGUGUAGUCUCUGGCUGUUGGUCUCAUCACGAAAAUAUUUUAACCAAAAAAAAUUUCGAAAAAAAUAAUAUUUUUUCAGUAUCUAACCGGGCUUGGUGCUCUUAUCAUCUCGAGCGCCAUUCUCACAAUCUAUGUUCGAUCGAAGUACCAGGCCUAUCUGGAGGUGAAGAAGAGCCCAAUGCCUCAGCUCAGCAAGAUCCCCGGACCAAAUGGAGUGCGUCGAGUUUUGGGAUCUCUUCUGAGUAAAGUCAACGUCUUUCGUUGCAUGUUCUGCGCGGAUGGAAAAAAAGAACAAAGUAAACCGUAUGUUAAAGCAUCUAAAGUGAGUUUAUGAGCCAAGUUUAUUAUUCAUGAUUUUGUUUACUAGCUUAAUGGGAACGGUUGGUAUAAUAAAGUGUUUCCUCCUUUUUUAUCAUCUAUUUUAGCUUGAUCCGGCUUCAAUUGUGGUGAUCAGAGAUGCGAGUUGCCUUAAAACAACCACUCAAAUCACCCGGUCGGACAUUACCAAGAUCCAAAGACCCAGAUGUCCUCCACCAAGUUGCCCUAUAACUUCUAAGAAUAAUGUUCGACCAAAAGUUACACCGCCACGUCCCCCACCUCCAUCAGAACGUGAGUGUGUUUCAAGUAAUUUAUCAUUACUUCUUGAAUGUCUUUCUUGAUAUAUCUCCGCCCUCCCUCGGUCUUCCAUUCAAUUGUUUUGAUUCCAAAAUCGCUUUUAAAAGCUUUUUCCAGCCAGGAGGAUGCGUGCUUAUGAUCACAACAUAACUUACAAGUUCGCAGAUUUCGACGACUAG